AUGCCCGUGUCCAUAUCCCCAGCCCAGCCCAAAGAUGCAGUCGACAUCGCCGCCCUACAUGUCCAAGCGUUCAGCUCCAACGCCCUCAUGCGAGCCAUCUACCCCACCCCUGCUAUAUGGGCAGCACUUCAGGGCUGCGUCGAAGAAAAAGUCUUAGCUGACAUGAAGGAGCCCAAAAUUACAGUCCUAGUCGCCAAACACACGGACGAGGCUGAAGUGAGGGAAGAGCAAGGUAAGACUGUAGGCUAUGCCGUGUGGUGCCAUCCGAUCAAGGCCGAAGAGCAGGACUGGAAACUACCAACUUGGAAGUUGCCGGAGGGCACUGAUUGGAAUGUGUUGAAGCCUUGGUUAGCGGCCGCUGGAAAGACUGUGGAGGAAGUCAUUGGGCAUACGCCGCAUUAUGGUAGGUGGUGGUGUUACGUGCUUCUGCAUGACCCGAGAUGCGGACUAACUGGAGGUCUAGAUCUUAUGUGGCUCGCUGUAUCACCUGAUUAUUCUCGAAUGGGUAUUGGUACCUUGCUACUGCGUUGGGGCAUGGACUUGUGCGAGAAGGAAGGGGUGCCUGUGUAUUUGGACAGUACCGUUGAAGCUGCGCAGACGUUUUAUCAGAAAGCGGGCUUCAUAGAGAGGGGUAGAAUCAGGUUGGUAGUUAAUGAGGAGAUGUACGAGGAGGUCGCUUUUGUGUACGAGCCCAAGCGAUAG